UCCACGGUCCCUGCCUAGUGCUCAAUCACGAGCAGCGGACGGAGAGACCACCAUUCUCUGCUGUUGUUGUUUAUCUGUGCUGCCGGCUGAUCUUUUGAUAUAAUGGCCUCCGAUGGUAUGGAUGAACGAUCACCGCUGUUGUCAGCACCGAACUCGGGGAAUGUCACGCCCACAGCUUCGCCGUACCUGCAGGAUCAGAGCCCGAGAGCCGAAUUACCUCCGCCCUACACAGCCAUUGCCAGUCCAGAUGCAGGGGGAGUGCCUGUCAUCAACUGUCGUGUGUGCCAGUCUCUUAUAAAUCUGGAUGGCAAGCUCCAUCAGCAUGUGGUGAAGUGCACCGUCUGCAACGAAGCAACGCCUAUAAAAAACCCACCAACGGGAAAGAAGUAUGUUAGAUGUCCUUGCAACUGCCUGUUAAUCUGUAAAGACACAUCUAGGAGGAUAGGAUGCCCCCGGCCCAACUGCAGACGGAUCAUAAAUCUAAGUCCAGUGAUGGUUAUCCCAGAGGAGCAGCCCACCCAGCCAGCUCUACCAGUCCAGACUGAGGGCAUGCGCGUGGUCUGCGGCCACUGCGGAAACACAUUCCUUUGGAUGGAGCUCCGAUUCAAUACACUGGCCAAAUGCCCACACUGCAAAAAAAUAUCCUCUGUAGGCAGUGCCCUACCCAGAAGACGCUGCUGUGCCUACAUUACAGUAGGAAUGAUCUGCAUUUUCAUUGGUGUUGGUUUAACGGUGGGCACUCAGGACUUUGCCAGGCGCUAUCAUGCUACUUAUGUGUCCUGGGCCUUUGCAUAUCUCCUUGGUCUUAUCUGUCUGGUACGGGCCUGCUACUGGGGAGCUAUUAAAGUCAGCUAUCCAGAGAACACCUUUGCAUAGACAAAGAUUUGUCCAUCCUUCAAUGAGUCCAUUUAGUAUUUGAUUUAUCCUGAUUUUAACAAGCUAACAGCUGGAUGCCCACUCCUCUUACAAGAGCUAGAAUUUACUUCAAGAAUUAGUUAUUGAUUGGCUCUGAUACUUCUCUAACUGAUUUGAACUUUAUGAUGACUAGGGAAAAUAAAGUGAAACAAGUGAUUCUAAAAUUAGAUUUAAUAAUAAUAAUAAUUUUAAUAAUCCAUUGUUCUUUUUGGUACACCUCUUGGAUUUUGUCUUGGAGUUGUCAUGGUGGGUGGACAUAUUUUAAGUACUACAUUUUGUUACUAACUUGACCAAAAGAGAUGAUCUUUUACGAACAGUUUGCCCAUUGCACUACGAUUUUAUGCAAAUAUUCUGUUCUGUUGCUGCUAGUUUCCACAGCUGUAAUGAGAUGAGAGAUGUUAUGUCUUAAGAAAGCCUGCCAUCAACAAUGGUGGCACUGUCUGUCAUAUGAAAUGUUCAGAUAUAUUUAACUCUUCUUACAAUCCUGUGCCAACAUUUUUGUUUCAGUGUCUGUUAGGGGAGGUCCCUCAGAUGAAAUUUAGCAGUAUUUUAAAAUCCAUUUUGGCUGCUCAAACUCACUGUGAGCAAUAAUCAAAAGUUUCUGUGGCUUUAAAAAUAAGUAAAAAAGUAAGCAUGUACAGGGUCACUGUUCCUCUUAAUGACAUUUAAAGGAAAAGUUCGUGAAGGAAAAUUCAAUCAUUUCAAAUCUGUCAUUCCAAACUCAAAUUACUUUCUUUCUUCCAUGGAACACAAAAGGAGAUGUUUAGUAGAAUGUUCACGCUGCUCUUUUCCAUAUAACAGCAGUGAAUAGUGACCAGGGGGUAACAAGCUCCAAAAAGGACAAAAAGCACCAUAACAUUACCAGAACAGUAGUCCAUAAGACGUGCACAUUAUAUUCCAAGUCUUCUGAAGCCCUAUGAUAGCUGUAUGUGAGGAAUAGAAUGAAGUGUUUCACAUUUCACUGAAAAGUGAAACCCAUGAUCAACAUUCACUUUCAUUGUAUGUAAAAAAAAAAUAAAAAAAAAUUGCUUAAACAUUCUGCUGAACGUGGCCUACAGAAGAAAGAAAGUGAUACAGGUUUGGAACGACAUAAUGUUGAUGAGAGAAUUUUCCUUUUUUUUUUUCUUUUUUUUUUUUUUUGGUGAAUUAUCCUUUAACACAUGAUGAAUGGACAUUAAUUACAUGUGCAUGAUUUUACUUGGAUUCUUUUGUACUCAGAAACAGUGUUUUAUUCGUCUGUUCCUGAAAGGGCACAGUGGAAGUGUUACUCCAUUUGUGUCUAGUGCUUCUUCCUGUGUGUAGAAUGUAAAAGCCCCACUGCUACCUGCCUAAUUCCAAAACUCAGUAAAAACCUUGCUAGUAUUGCUGUAGCUUAUACAUUUACAGUAGUUCUGUAUUUUGUCAAGACAAUUGGAAAUAAACUUGUUCUGAAUGUGACAAGCCAGUAAACUCUUUGUACAUAGGCAACUCAGCACACAAAGUCUGUAGUUCAAGUUGUAAUAUGGCUUGGUUCUUUUUCAAACAAUAAUUUCUCAAUAAAACUGAAAAUUAUUCCUAACCCUUUGACGGCCAGAUGCUUCAUGCUUUCUUGA